AUGAGUGAUCCAGAACCCUGCAGAAUGAAACACACUGAAGAUACUGAAGAACAAAGAGAACUGAUGGAGGAGAGCAAGGAGAGUGAAGAACUGAGUGAAGUGGAGGAGGAACAUCAUGACAAACCUGGAGAAAAACCUUUGAGUCACUCAAAGACUAAAAAGACAUUAUCAAAGAAAAGAAAAUCCAAGAAAUCUUUCACCUGCACUCAGUGUGGAAAGCGUUUCACAUACAAACACAGUCUUGAGCGACACAUGAGGAUCCACACUGGAGAAAGACCGUUCUCAUGUGAUCGGUGCGGGAAGAGCUUCAUGCGAUCAUCAUGCCUUAAAAUUCACAUGAGAGUUCACACUGGAGAGAAGAUGUUCUCAUGUGAUCAAUGCGGGAAGAGAUUCACACAGAAGCCUCAUCUUAGGGGACACAUGAUGAUCCACACAGGAGAGAAGCCGUACGCAUGCGAUCAAUGUUGGAAGAGUUUCACACGACCAUCACAUCUUAAAGAACACAUGUGGAUCCACACAGGAGAGAAGCCGUUCAUAUGUGAUCAAUGUGAGAAGAGUUUUGUGCACGAAACUAGCCUUAAAGAACACCUUAUGAUCCACACCGGAGAGAAGCCAUUCAUGUGUGAUCAGUGUGAAAAGAGAUUCUCAAACAAAAAAAGUCUUGAGAUUCACAUGAAAGUUCAUACUAGAGAGAAGCCGUUCACAUGUGAUCAGUGCGGGAAGAGUUUCACACAAAAAACAAGUCUUGAACUUCACAUGAGGAUUCACACAGGAGAUAAACCACAUGCAUGUGAUCAGUGUGGAAAGAGUUUUGCACAAUUAUCAAGUUUUAAAAAUCACAUGAGGAUCCACACUGGAGAUAAACUGUUUACAUGUGAUCAAUGUGGGAAGAGAUUCAAAAACAAAAAAAGUCUUGAUAUUCAUAUGAGGAUCCACACUGGAGAGAAGCCAUUCACAUGUGAUCAGUGUGGGAAGAGCUUCACACAAUCAUCAAACCUUAAGAUUCACAUGAGAGUUCACACUGGAGAGAAGCCGUUCACAUGUGAUCAAUGCGGCAAAACAUUUAUUGGGUCAUCAGCCCUGAAGACUCACCUUAGAGUUCAUACGAAGGAGAAGCCGCAUUCAUGUUCUGUGUGUGGAAAGAGUUUUUCACUGCUGCAAAAUUUGCAAACACAUCAGAAAAUACACACUGGUCUGAGAGAUUACAUGUGCUUUGAGUGUGAGAAGACUUUUACUACAGCAGAUGGUUUAAAACUGCACCAGAGAAUUCACACUGGAGAAAAACCUUACAAGUGUUCACACUGUGAUAAGAGAUUCAAUUGUUCAUCACAUCUGAAAUCACAUGAGAUGAUCCACAGCAGAGAGAAGCCGCACACGUGUGAUCAGUGUGGAAAGAGUUUCUCUUAUAAAAGUCAGCUGAAGAAACACAUGAAGAUCCAUGCAGUGGAGAAACCACAUGACCACAGUCUGAGAUCACAGUAAGUUUAUCUUUAUGUGCUGAAAAACAAAGUCAUCAAAAUCAUAGCACCGUAUGGUCAAAUCUGGCACACUGAUAGAGGGUAGUCUGAAAUGUAUAGCAAAUUUGGAGUCUCUAACUCAACCUCUCU